ACUGCGUCUCUUGGUAACAAAACAAGCAAGGAGUGCGGUCACAUGUUCAGAGGAAACAGAACCAGCAGUGACGGUCGGUGUUGUUCGCACUCGUCCGAGAAGAAGCGACUCCCCUCCGGCUCCACACACACAUGGUUCUCCUCCGGCACAUCUCGGUGGCCCUGUCCGCCGCCGUAGCCGCCCUGGGUUCGGCGCUCUUCAUCGCCCUCAACUACUUCUACAGGAGGAAAACACGGUUCCCGCAUGCCGAGUACUGCACGAUCAAGGAAGAGGAAGAGGACCACGGAAAGCGUCAGGUCUUGGUCCUUGGCCUGGAUGGAGCUGGGAAGAGCAGCAUGCUCCAGGGUUUGACUCCUGGAGGGAUUAAUCGACGGUGCUGCGGUCCCACCAGAGGCUUCAACUUCAUGAGCAUCACGGCGCCCGCUUGUCAGCUGGACUUCCUGGAGAUCGGAGGUGGCAAAGAACUGCGGCGAUACUGGUCGGAAUAUCUGAUAAGGACUCACGUUCUGGUGUAUGUGGUGGAUUCCUCUGACCGGAACCGUCUCCAGUCGGCCAAGUUGGAGCUCCACCACCUCCUGAAGGAGCAGCCCCAGCUUCCCGUGGUGGUCCUGGGGAACAAACAGGAUAAACCCAACGCCCUGAGCAUGCUGGAGCUUCAUGAAGCCUUGUCUCUUGGUUCUGUGGUGGAGGACAGGAAGUUGUUCCUCCUGGCAACCCAGCUGGGAUCAGAAGGAACCCUGAAGAACUCCUGCCGAGGCAUGGACACCUUCCAGGACCUCCUGCUCCAGCUCAUUUGAUCCCUGCUUCUCCUCGCAAGACCAGGAGAGAUGAACUUUUUCUAUGAGUGAAGAUGAGCCAAAACUAGCACCUCCACCUCAUCCUCUUUUUUUUUUUUUUUUUUUAAACAAGCCCAUUUUAAAUCCCUCACGUCAUGGACAUCAUUGAGGUGGCUUGUUUUGGCAUGUCGACUGCAGACGAAAAGAUUCUGCACCAGGAUGAGUGACUCAUCUCAAUGUCAACGUGUGAUAGGUUUAUAGAUUUUUUUAAUGUAAAGUCGUGUUUGUAAUACAUCAAAUGAUGUACACACCUGAAUCCAUGCUGCCAAAUCAUGUUUCGAAAGACUUCUACAACAUAUCUUGGGGGUGGGGAAUGGGGAAAUGUAACGUAAAGGGACUUUAUGCGGAUUUUGCAUUUCCAAAAUCCCAAAUCAACAUACAUUUUAUGCAGCAUGACAGCGCUGGACAUUGAUUUCUGGAAAAAUAUGCCUCUAAAGUCAAACACAUUAUGAUGGGAGUGCAUCAAAGUAGCCUCAUGCAUGACUUCAUUAAGUCCUCAAGCCAGUUUUGCUUGUUUGCAUAGAAGGGUUUGGCAUGAAUGGCAAAGAGAACAAGUGUGAUGAUAACCAAAGAACAGGAAAUAAGACCCUCGUUAGUGUUUUUUGUUUUUUUUUCUCCCCAAUUUAUGGCUCUCAUCGCUCGUUUUUCGCCACAGUUCUUGGACUAUAGAGGCAGAUUAGUUCUGCAGUGCUAUUUUGUAAUGAACAAGACUUCUUAUUGGGCGGCACGGCGGUCGAGUGGUUAGCGUGCAGACCUCACAGCUAGACCAGGGUUCAAUUCCACCCUUCACCCUCGGCCAUCUCUGUGUGGAGUUUGCAUGUUCUCCCCGUGCAUGUGUGUGUUUUCUCCGGGUACUCCGGUUUCCUCCCACAUUCCAAAAACAUGCUAGGUUAAUUGGCGACUCCAAAUUGUCCAUAGGUAUGAAUGAGUGUUUGUCUAUAUGUGCCCUGUGAUUGGCUGGCGACGUGUCCAGGGUGUACCCCCCUCUCGCCCAAAGACAGCUGGGAUAGGCUCCAGCACCCCCGCAACUCUCGUGAGGAAAAAGCGGUAGAAAAUGAAUGAAUGAAAGACUUCUUAUUCCCUUUGAUGCACUGCAGUUGUGGAGAUGUUUGGCAGCAUGGUAAUGGGCGGGUUAUAGCUGCAUGGGUCUUUUUAUGUGUUGAUGCAAACUGAGCUGUUUGGUGUAAUGUUUGUGCAUGUCAUAAGACAUUUUAAAUGUGUUGAAAAAUAUUAAAUAUUUA